AGCUCCAGCGCUUGAGGGAAGGCGUUUCGGCACAGUUGUUUCGCGAUCUUCUCGUUGCGGCUGCCCCCAGGCCCCCACGUCUGGCCGCCACCAUGUCGGCGGCGCCCCCUUCGCAGGACUACCGGCCGCGCUGCCUAAAUCUGCGGUCCGCCCUCGAGGCGGCGGAGAGCCGGUGGGGCUGCCUCGAGCAGGGCCUCGUCGAGGCGGAGGAGGACACCCUGCAGGCACACGCGGAGGCGCUGCAGGGGUGGCUCGGCCUGGAGCCCGCCGAGCUGACCGGGUGGGGCGAGGGCGGCGUGCGGCGCGCCGUCCGCGACCGAGUCUUCCGGCUGGUGCUCGCUCCCCUCGCGGGCCGACUAUUGGGUGAGCUCGAGCUGUCCAGCGCCCACGGUUUCGAGCACGGAAGGCCAGAGCAGUGGCAGACCGCCAUCGGCUUGCUGCUGUUGGAGUGGGACAACCAGGUGGCGCCCCUGCUCCGCGUGGCUGAGGAGGAACAGGCGCGCUUGGACCGCAAGCUGCGGCGGUCCGCGCGCGUCGCCGCCGCGGACGCCCCCGGCGUGCCGCUGCAGGCCUUGCAGAUCUGCGCUGGGGCGUGGGCGCGCGUGCGGCAGGCUUGUGGCCCUCUCGAGGGGCCGGUCGAGAAGCUGCAGGCAUUCCUCGAGAGGGAGCUCUCGCCGGGCGCGGUCCAGGGCCUCCGCGCCUCCGUGCCCGCCAUCGUUGGCCGGGCCGCGUGCGACUGGCGCUUCCGCACCGCGGCCGCGGAACUCGAGCAGCUCGAGGGCUGGUGGGGUUCAGUGCGGACCGCGUUGGGGCAUCGAGAGCCCCUCUGGCAGCGGCUGCAGGAAGAGGAGGGCCUGUUCAUCCGCCGCGUGGACGAGGGCGUCGCUUCCCUGCGCGAGAGUGCCAACAGGUACGACGCCCUUGCCGACUUCGGGGGUGAGGAGAUCCGAUGCGCGCAGGGCAGCCGCACGGUGCCCGGCGUGGUGUGCGGGGAGUGGCCGGGCCACGCGGUGGCCUUGCUGGCCCAGACCGCCUCAGAGAUGCACAGGUGCCUGCGGCCAAUCCGCGACUCCGCCGCCUGGCGCGUGGUCGACGCCGCCAGGUCCAUCCACAAGGAGCUCGCCGCGGCUGGGCCGCACGGUGGCCGAGGGCAGGGGGACGGGAGCGGCGUGAGCCAGCGGCGGGGCGUCGACGCGCUCUGCGCCGCAAUCGACAUCUCGGCGGGGCCGCCGGCGGGGAGCGCGCUGCCAAGCACCGCGCGGGCCGCCGGCGGAGACCCGGUCGACGCCGCGCUGGUUUUCAUGCAGCGGCUGGACCGGCUCGUGGCGCUGGUGUGCGACCUCCGGGACCACUUCCGCAGGGAAGCGCCCCCCUGCGUCGCGGAGGUGCACGGCGUCCUGGAGGAGGUCCUGCAGGGCUUCGGCGGCGCCGCCGAGGACCUCCUGGGCGUGAUGGAUGACGCCACCGCCGACAGCGUUGCCGCCUGGCUGCAGCAGUGGCGCGACCUCGACGUGGCCGCGGCGGGGAGCCGCCUCGAGGCUGCCCUGCGCGCCCUGUCGGCGUCGCAGACCGCGGCCGCCUGCGGGGGCCGCGAGGGCCCGCGUCGCCUCGCGGAGCUCCGGGGCCUGCAAGCCUUCCUCGAGGACGCAGGCCUACGCUGCUGGGCCGUGGCGCCCGAGGCGGCCCGCGGGGGCGAGGGCGCCGCGGCCGAGGCGGGCGAGGAGGAGGGCCCGCCGCCCGCAGCGUUCCUGGCGUGGGGGGCCGACUGCGACCUGUCGCUGCCCGCGCCGCCCGCGGUGGCGCCGCCGGAGGGCCUGGCGGAGCCCGCCUGCGCGACGUUCCUCUCGCGCCGGCUGGGGCCUGGCGCGGCGGCGGCCGCGGCGGUGGCCGCGGCGGCGGCGGCGGUGACGCCCGCGGCGCAGCUGGACGUGAAUCCGGGGGAGCCGCGCGGCGCGCCCGCUGCCGCGGAGGGGACGGCCGUUGCCGCCGCAGCGGUGCCGCGGGCACCGCAGGUGCCCUGUGCACAGGACAGCAGACCAUCCACGCCCUCCUGGCUGACACCGCCCUGGCCGCGCCCCUCCUCUGGCGCCGACGCGGUCUCCACGGCCUUCGGCGAGGGGGAAGCGAUCACCCUGGCGCGCUGGAAGCACGUCGGGGGCCAGGAGUUCGUGCCGCUGAAGAAGAGUGCCACGCGCGGCCGCCAGCUCCCGCCCCUGCCGGCGCUCGUCCGCUGAGCCGCGCGGGCCCUGGCGCGCCCAGCAGAGGCUCCACGGUGAGCUUCGGCCGCGGGCGGGCGCGCGCUCCUCAGAGUCAAGCAGUGAGCGCGCCGCGUCCCACGUGGGGUCCGAGCAGAGGGGGCAUCGGCGCCGCGUCGCCGAUGCAUCGGCGACUCGGUUCGAUGUGGAGCCCGGUGUUCUCCCAGUCGGCGGCACCGAUGAAUCGGAGGUGCGGCGCGACCCUCUGGUCGCACCUGCUCGGGCCCCACUUGGGGGGCCCCCCUCAGAGAGCGCCGCCCUGCCAGGAGCUGCGCUCGUGCCCGGCGUCUGGUCCGAGGCGGAUCUGGCGCGGGACGCUCGAAGGAUUUGUUUCUGAUUUCUAGAGUUGCGGCCCACCCUGCAGGAAUCUGAUGGGCGAUUCGGGUCAGUCCCCACGCUGCCAACGCCAAGCAUUCGAUGCUCGGGCAGGAGUUUCCUUAGUUCUGCGCACUCGCAAGAUGCGAUCGCACGAUAACCUGAAGCGCAUCUGCCAUCGGCCAUGCAAGCGUGUCACUGCUGGAACUGGACCGCUUCGCAUCCGCGCUAUCAGUCCCCUGAUG